CCUCCUCCGGCGUAGCCAGCUCUCUCUCUCUCUCUCUCUCUCUAUAUCCAAAAUCUGUGAUCGGUGAAUAAAGUAGUAGUAUAUAAAAACAAGAUAAGCUGUUUGUCUGGUGCUGACAUAAAUUAAUGCCGUGGUGGAAUCCCAUCAUCAUCAUACCCAUCGUCAUCACCAUCAUCCAUCCAUCCAUCUCCGAUUUGUUUUUUUAAAGUUAUAUAAGCUACAUGUGUACGGACGUCUUACAUACCAGUGGCGUCCUCAUAGUUAUGGAAAUUUCACCGUGCAAAAUUUGCUUCAAUUGUUUGUUUUCUUGUUACUAUUUUUGUGAUCACUAUUCUAAUACUGGGGUUUUUGACUGUCAUCAUCAUCAUCCUGAGCUCAAUUCCAUGGAGUCUUCUUCUUCAAGUUCUGAUCUUUGCUUCUCUGCGGUGUUUGAUUUGUAGAAAGUUCGUUUCUUUUUGACUGUUUUUGACACUGUUUUAGUCUCAAUUGGAAGAGCUAAUUUCAAUGGCGUGUCUGCCGCCACUGAUGACUAGUUCAACUGCCAUCUGCUCCCCUGACUGUGACGAUCGGCGGCCGUACCGGUCCCUGAGGUUCUUAAGGCUGCCAGACAAAAGUUUACUCAGGAGAUCUCCUUCCAGUCUAAAGCCAAGGACGUCUCUCUUGCAAAGGCUUUGCUCUACAUAGCAGCUGAAGAUGAGGCAUUUAUGGCUUUUAAUCGAGAGAUGGAUGCUUUCUCAAUUCAUAAUGAAAGAAAAGGUGUUUCUGGCUCAUCUACUCCCCAAGACCUAGCGUGGAAUACUGUGGAGGGAAUGCCAUUGGCCGGAAAAAAUAUACAUGAGUGGCAAGUUGAACUGGAUGCUAUUGCCAAAGAAGUUGAAGCAGAGCUAAUUUCAAAAGACAUAGGUUGUCAUUUGGCUCAAGUUUUGGAGGCAGUGAAUGUGGUUCUUUUUGAGUCAAGAGGCUUCAGAAGGUCACCCGUUCUUGGAGAUGCAAAGAAUUCAUACUUGCACUUAGUUCUAAGCUCUGGAAGUGGAAUUGCAAUUAUGCUUAGCAUUAUAUACAUUGAGGUUUGCCGAAGACUUAGUCUGACCAUAGUGGGAUCUCGAGUUGGGGAAGAAUUUUUGAUCUGGCCGCAAACAGGAUAUCCAGAGGAGCUGUUCAAGGUAACUUCAGGACACAGUCUGUUUGCAAUUGUCAAUGGAAGGUGUGUCGAAGACCCUAGAUCAAGGGCAUCGGAUUUAACAAGCAAUUCACUGUCAGGGCUUGAGAUAGCUACAAACCGAGACAUUAUUGGGAUUGCUUUGGCCAAUCUUGUUAGGCUUCACUGGAAACAUGCUUCAAGAUCAACUCAUGGACUGAUGCUGACUUCUCCACUCAGGCACGUUUACAAUGCUCAUGAUAAACUUUACAAAAUCACUGAUUCAAAGGCUCCUCUGUUACGACCCCGAGAACUCAGGUUGGCCAUCAUGGCUUCAGAAAGAUUGUUGAUUCUGCAACCACAUAAUUGGGCUUCGAGGAGAGACCAUGGCAUGAUGUUAUACUACAAUAGGGAGUACGGGAAGGCUGUCCAAGAGCUUAGCAUAUGCAUGGCUUUUGCCCCAGAAGAAGAGGCAGAAGUUCUUGAACCAUUUGUUGAAAAAUUACAUCUGCUGCGGCUUGAAUCAUCAUGGAAAUCUUUAGAGCACUCAAGUCAACUGAAAGUCUCUUAACAUUUGUGUACAUAACCAGCGAUCUCUCGGUUUUCUUGAACUGCAUCUGCUACUGUUAAUCUGUCCCAGAAUUCUUGCCCUCAAAUAUGUAUAAUAGCAUGAAUUGGUCACUAGGGUUGAUCAUAAGAUCUCAGGGAAACAUUACUUCA